AUGGACAGGGGUCAAGAGGGAGAGAAAGAGAGGCAAAAACUGGCCUGUAACGUCACCAUCCACAACCGCUGCAGGGACACGCUACCAAACUGUGUCAAAAUGAAACAAAAGCAACAGAAAAUGGCGCUGAUGAGGAACAAUUCGGCCUAUCAGAAUGUGACACUGAGGAAUAAAGCCCAUUUAAAGGAACGGCCAAGCUCUGCCAUCUACCCAUCAGACAGUCUUCGCCAGUCACUACUCGGGUCCCGUCGUGGGCGGUCUUCUCUCUUACUUUCCAAGAGCGUCUCCACCAAUAACAUUGCAGG